AUGGAAGAAAUAAGUGCCGUUAUCAUCAGUAAACCGUCGAAGUCGAGCCUCAACGUCCCCCUCUCGGGUACCGAGCUCUUCCAGCAGAAGUCCGAAGCCGAGCAAAAGCAAGCCCAACUCCUCAAGGAGUCGUCGCCGAAGCCCUCGGACCCCCAAUUCGGCACCCUCAUGCACGGCAACCCGAACUUCGUCUACCCCAUGUACUUGAAGAACGGCAAAAUGAAAGAAAAGCGCUACAAGUGUCACAAGUGCCCUAGCGCGUUCGAGAAACGCGAGCAAUACAAAGUCCACUUGAACCUGCACGGUUCCAAGCAGAAGUACAAUUGCGAGUACUGCGACUACUCGGUCAAGUACUACGCCAACUACGUGCAACACUUGAAGAAGCACAAGAUGAGUUCGGAGGCGUUGGCGGCGCGCGAUUGCGACGACGUCGAGAUGGAGGUGGAGGAGGAAGUUACCGAGGACGCGAUGAGCGAGAGGAAGCUGUCGCUGGGCGAUCAGCAAGCUUACAAUAUCCUGCAGCAACGGUUGUUAGUCAAUAGUGCUAGUCCGAAGGAGGAGGAGAAGAAGACGUUCACGUGCUCGAGUUGCCCGUACGUGAAUUACAGGAAGGACGCGGUGGACAACCACCAGAAGCGGCACGUCAGCGUGUCGGGGACUAAAAACAAUUACACGUGCGAGCACUGUGAUUAUUCGGUUCCGCAAGUGCACUUUCUGAGGGAUCAUACCAAGUUGCACUUCUUACCAAAAAGUGGCCAAGUGGAAGGGUAUAUGGUGUGUGAUAAUUUCAAGCUGGUGUCGAAGAAGGUGGACGACGAGGAGAAGAGCGGUGAGGUGGUGUUCGAGGAGAACGGGGGGGAGGAGAAGGAGUUCCUGCCGCCGCUGAGUGAGGACGUUUCGGAAAAGUUCAAUAAUAACGACGGGGAGAAACAGUUCGUUAACGUAGAUACGGGGGAAGUAGCGGGGGGUAGUGACAAGAUGGAGAGUUAG